AAGCUCAAAGCUACGCACGCACGCGAACACUUGAACGCUCAGGUUCCGCCGGCCGACCUCCAGCGGCGUUCCUCUUGUUGCACUCGUGGUGGGUCGGAUUUCAUUCGUGGAAAUGAGUCGGAAACCGUCAACAUCCGGUUUCACCACCAGCUACGACAAAGACGACGGGCCGGCGUACGUCGGCAUCAUCUUCUGUCCAGAGUGCAACAACAUGCUCUACCCGCGAGAGGACAAGGAAAACAAGGUGCUGUUGUACGCUUGCCGCAACUGCGAGUACAAGCAACUGGCCGCACGCAGCUGCAUCUACGUCAACAAGCUGACGCACGACAUUGACGAAAUCAAACACAUCAACCCGGACGUGGUGUCCGACCCGACCCUGCCUCGCACCGAGGACCACCCUUGUCCCAAGUGCAUGCACACCGAGUCGGUCUUCUUCCAGGCGCAAACCAGGAGGGCUGAGGACGAAAUGAGGCUGUACUACGUGUGCACCAACCGCAAGUGCCUCAACAGGUGGACCGAGUAGGCAUUGAAGCCGAAAUGGUAUUUUUUUAGACUGUUGGGAGGGGUCGUGGGUAUUUUCAUGGGUUGCUUCGACCCUCAAUGCAUUUUUCCCAAAGCUUCAGUCGCAGUUUUAACGCUUAAUUUUAUUGAGAGAUUUUAAUAAUGUAUUAUUAUUAUAUCAGUCAGCCAAUAGUUCUUAAGUGGAGUUUUGCAUAAGCACAGGAAAGGUCCUACUUAUUUGGAAGAGAUUGCAUCUCGGACUUAAAUUGAUAGUAGUUUUAAGAAGUGUUCAAAGUUCAAAAUGAUUGGUUGCAUAAAAGUCCUAAAUGCCAUCUUGAGCUUAAUCCAAAGUUUAUCAAAACGUUGCCUUGGUAGUUCACAAUUUGCAUGUUACAAGUUUGAAUGUGGUUUACAAUUGGAUUAAAAAUCGGAAGCAGUUGGUUGUUUCAGUGAUAGAUUUUAAAAUAUAAUGAAGCUCUGUGAAUGCCACGAUAAUAAGCUUGCUCUUGGCUGUAUCUGCGAAAGAUAUUUUACUUUAGGAACAAAAUAAAUUGAAAGUUAAAAAGUUAAA